AAAGCGAUGUUGGGGUUUUACUUGUUUUGAAAUUGGCGAGAGAAAAAGAGUAGAGAGAGAGAGAGGGAGGGAGUCCAGACCAAUCCAUCAUCAAAGAAGAAAAGAGCAAUGGAAGAGCAGCUGCAGCUCAACUCUCUGGCAAUCACUCAUCUUCUUCAACACACCCUCAGGAGCCUCUGCAUUCAUGACAAUUCUCACUGGGUCUACGCUGUUUUCUGGAGGAUUUUGCCCAGAAAUUACCCACCUCCCAAGUGGGAUAGCCAAGGAGGAGUAUAUGACAGGUCAAGAGGAAACAGGAGAAACUGGAUACUAGUUUGGGAGGAUGGUUUCUGUAAUUUUGCAGCGUCAGCAAGUGAGAUAAACGGCGGGGAAUGCCCCGGCUCGUCCUCGUCCUCGGUAUAUGGCAACUGUGAGUAUCAACACUAUCAAGGCCUGCAGCCUGAGCUCUUCUUCAAAAUGUCCCAUGAAAUCUAUAAUUAUGGUGAAGGAUUGAUUGGAAAAGUAGCUGCUGAUCACAGCCACAAAUGGAUCCACAAAGAACCAAAUGAUCAAGAAAUCAACUUCCUGUCUGCAUGGCAUAACUCAGCUGAUUCUUACCCCAGGACCUGGGAAGCUCAGUUUCAGUCUGGUAUAAAGACAAUUGCUUUGAUUGCUGUAAGAGAAGGUGUUAUUCAGUUAGGAGCUGUUCAUAAGGAAUUUAUAAAGGUGAUUGAGGAUCUGAGCUAUGUUGUGCUGCUGAGGAAGAAGUUCAGCUACAUUGAAAGCAUUCCAGGGGUAUUAUUGCCACAUCCAUCUUCAUCAGCAUACCCUUUCAAGAUUGAUCAUGCAUAUGGUGCUGCAGUAGCACCAGAAGCCUGGCAUAAUUUCCACAACAAUUUGCUCCCACCGAAUGACUACUAUGACCAUUUUGCCCACCAGCCCAUGAAAAUAACCCCAUCAAUGAGCAGCCUUGAAGCCCUCCUCUCCAAACUACCCUCCGUGGUGCCGGCGGCCGCCCAUUUUGAAGCUCAAAACCACUAUUUGUCAGCGUCCAGGCCUAUGGAGCUGAUGGGGGAGGAGAAAGUGGCUAAAGAAGAGUAUGAGGAGGAGGAUGGGCAUGAGAAUGAUGCCGGAGAGACUAGCGGCUCCGUGGCGCCGCGGCCUUCUUAUCACCACCACCACCAUCAGCAGCAGCAUUUUGCUUAUCAUCAUGAUCUAAAUGUAAGUAGCAGCAUGAACAACAAUGGGUGUUGAUGAGUUAUUGUUAUUUUGUUGGUGUAUGAUCGAUGACAUUAAAUUAAUAUAUAUAUAUAGAGAGAGAGAGAGAGAGUUAAUAUAUAUAAUUGAUCGUUUAUAUAUAUGAUAUAUCUAACGUUGUAGGGUUGAAUUUGGUGGGGUUGAGUGUCUUCUUGCAUAUAUAGUAUUAUAUGUAGUACAAGGUUGGAGGUUUAGUGGUUUGAUGUGUAAACUUUGUUUGAUGAAUGAUGUUGUAGUAAUUAAUAAUGGAGAGAAUGAAUGCAUGAGGA